UACGCUGUGAUAUUCCCCUCCCUCAUGCAACUGGAGCACGGGAUAAGCGACUCCGACGACCGGAGGCAGAGGGCGGCGUGCUCAGAGCGAUACAGGAGGAGAGACGAGCCAGAGGACAGCAAGAGGCCGGUCUCCGAGAUCGACGCCGAGAUAGAGGAGGAGUGCGGGAUCUGCAUGGAGCUCAACAGCAGGGUCGUGCUGCCCAACUGCAGCCAUGACAUGUGCAUCAAGUGCUACCGUCAAUGGCGCUCGAGAUCUCAGUCAUGCCCCUUCUGCCGAGACAGCCUCAAGAGAGUAAACUCCGGCGAUCUAUGGAUGCUCACCGACCAGCGCGACGUCGUCGACAUGGCGACGGUGACGAGGGAGAACAUCAGGCGCCUCUUCACGUACAUCGAGAAGCUGCCUCUCGUCACGCUGGACAACAUCUUCGAUGCCUAUGAUUCCCAUAGGAUGUUCCUUGUCCUAGGAUGUGGCUGAUCAUGGAUGGAGCAGCCUGACAGAGAGACCCUGUGUGAGCACCCUAGGGUCCUCAGGUUUUGUAAAUACAUGUACAGAUUUACAGUUUGCAUGGAAAUGUUCAGGGAAAGUCAGAAUAACAAUAUGUUAUGCAGUAGAGUAAUGCCUGUACAUAUUUGUAAUCUGGAUGGGAACAGACAUAUGGUGCAUGAACUACUUCCGUUCCGAAAUAUAGGAUGCUUUGGAUAUUUCAAAUA